AUGGAACACGUUCCAGCGCAAAUGCAUCAGAAAAUCACUUUUAGUCGGAAAUACCGCCGAUUAGAUAAGCCGCCGUUCACAUAUGUGGCCCUAACCGCGCUCGCGAUCCAGUCAUCGCCCCAGAAACGCCUGAGACUUUCUGAGAUCCUCAAGCGCAUCUGCGAGAUGUUUCCGUUCUUCAAAACAAGUUACGCUGGCUGGAAAGAUUCCAUCCGCCACAAUCUAAGCAACAACAACUGUUUCGUGCUAGACCUGAAAGAUCCUCGGAGAACGAAUACAAAAGGAAACUAUUGGAGAGUGGAUGUAGACAAAAUAUUGGAAGACAAACUUCGCCGGCAAAAUACUUCAGUGUCGAGAAAUGUUCAAGCUGGAUUCACAUACGCUUCCGAUUUGCAAGAUGUUUUCUUCUUGCGAACUGGAAAAAUUCGCCGAAAAACAUCGGUGGAACUAACCGUCUCCACGGGAAUAACGCCGCUCCUGCUGCAGCAAAUAACAGACAUACCUGGAGAGUCGAUGGAGUUCUUUACAGAAGACGAAGCGCCAUCGAUUCAAGAAGUGAUUGAAACACUCAAAAAUGAUGAAAACUUGGCGAGCUCUAACUUUGCUGUGUCGCCAUAUCGAAAGAGAAAAUCGCCAUUUUCCCCGGAUAUUCCGUCGAUGCCGCCUCAGUCGCUGUUUACACAAUAUUUUCCGACAUGUAUGCCGCAAAAUCUGAUAUCGCCAUCUCUUUUCCAACACUACAUUUCGCAGCCUAAGCACGAGAUUUCUCCUAGCUUGAAUCAUAAGCCUCCUUUCACUACAGCUGCAUUGACUAUUUUCGCCUUUGUCGCUUUGAAACAGGAUUCGGUGACCGGCUGGCAAAUAGCGGAAAAGAUUCGUAACUGUUUUCCAUAUUGGAAUGAGCGAACAAAACUCUGCUCUCUACUACUUCAAAUUACUGCGGCACUGACAAAUUUACCGGCAUUGUUCUCACAAGAUCGAUUAAAAGUGGCACACUGGACUCUUAAUCGCAGCGCCCUCGACGCGAACUCGAUUUUUAUGAACAAGAUUCGUCUUGAAGACUUAGAAGACCUGUUCGUUGACAAUCUUCUCGGUGUUAUUCACGAAUUUGAGUCCACACUUUCUUCCUUGUCUUCAAAUGAGGUCUUCUCAGUUCUUUUGAGAAGAAAGAACGUCGAUCAUAGCAACUCUGAUGAUGAAAACUCAGCUUCAACGGAAGGAAGCCCGAGUAAGAUUCAACGAAUAGCGUCUGACAGUCUUUCAUCAAUUUCUGGCUCUCAACUAGACUUUGCCAUUCCUCGUGUUCAACAAAAUCAACAAAUGCCUCUGUUCCGACCGAACAUUUUACAGAACUCGUUGUACUUCAACUACUACCCGCCGUACCAGUCACUCCUUCCGCUUAUGGCAUCUCGAUUCGGGCCCUAUCUUGGCUGGAAAGACUCCAUUCGACAUAACUUGAGCAGCUGUAGAAGCUUUGUCAAAAGGCCGAAUAAUAACAAGGGCGGAUCGCUGUGGAGCUUUUUGCCUGAAACGGUUGAAACUGAUAGACUUUUACGACAAAAUACUUAUGUCGCGCGUACCAGCUUGGAUAAUGGCCUGAGAUUCGUCCGGGAUUUGCGACAAAGGAUCGACUUUGCAACUGGAAAUCUAACUGAGGAGGCCGUUGAUUAUCUUGAAAAGCUGAACUUUCAAACUGGAUUGGAAGGCAUUCUUUUUGAAGACGCCAUAGGCACAGAAACAGAUGUAGAAGUAGAAGACAAAGAUUGGAAAACCUCGACAACGAGUCUGUCAGAAGUAUUUGAAACGAUUGCAACUCGCUUGACGUAG